AUGCGCCCUCACGUGUCUGGCUCAUCACCAAAGAAAAAGAGUAAUACCAUUACCAAACACUGUCGUGUUCAUUUUCUGUCUUCCGAUUCUAAUUCUAAUGGCGGAUUUAAUCCGUACAACACCAACACCAUUCACAGUGAAGCAGUAGUAGAGGAAGAAGGAAGUGACACAACAAAUUUGUUGGAUAAAGUUGAGGUUUUUGAUUUGAGUGGAAAAGGUGUUAUAAUAUCAGAUCUCUGGAAUGAUAGGAAAACCUUAGUUGCAUUUGCCCGUCAUUUCGGGUGUGUUCUUUGUCGCAAAAGGGCUGAUUAUCUUGCUUCUGUAAAGGAUAAGUUGGAUGCCGCUGGGGUUACCCUUAUUUUAGUUGGACCAGGUAGUGUUGAUCAGGCAAAGGUUUUCUACGAGCAGACAAAGUUUAAAGGGGAAGUAUAUGCAGAUCCUAGCUAUUCAUCAUAUAAAGCUUUCAGUUUUGUUUCUGGGAUUUCCACCACAUUCACUCCUAAGGCAGGUUUGAAGAUAAUUCAGUUAUACAUGGAAGGUUACAGACAAGACUGGGGACUUUCCUUUGAAAAGGAUACCAGAACAAAAGGUGGCUGGCAACAAGGAGGAGUAAUUGUUGCAGGUCCUGGUAAAAGUAAUAUUUCAUACAUCCAUAAAAACAAAGAAGCUGGAGAUGAUCCAGACAUUGAAGAUAUUCUGAAAGCAUGUUGCUCUUAAGUUAAUUUACUGAUGAAGGUUUCUCUUUCAUUCUGGAAUUGCAGAAACCUUUGUAUAAUUAUGAUAUAUGUAUCAGUCCCAAAAAAAGUUACAUGUAUCAAAAACAUACAUUCAUACACAAAGUACAAACGUAUGUUUUUCGUAUAAUAUACAAGCUUACUUA